AGUAGAACAGCAAAACAUCAGCUGCUGUGUCUGAGCAUCUUCCACAAGCAUGAAUGUGCCACUGGUCAAUACAUCAGGGGCCAUAUCUCCCACCAGGGUGACAGGCGGGCCAGCAACCCCAAGGAAGGGGCCUCCCAAAUUCAAACAGAGACAGACACGGCAGUUCAAAAGCAAGCCACCCAAAAAAGGUGUGCAGGGAUUUGGUGAUGAUAUUCCAGGAAUGGAAGGGCUUGGAACAGAUAUCACUGUGAUUUGCCCAUGGGAAGCAUUCAGCCACUUGGAACUGCAUGAACUGGCUCAGUAUGGGAUCAUCUAAGACCAAGUUGACGGCUAGUGAAUUGUUAUCCUUUUGCAGUGGAUCACUGCCUCCAGCAUCAACUCUCAUUGCCACAUUGGAAAAAUCUCUCCAACUGUCAAAACUUGCAUGGAGUUCUACACUAUGGAAAGGUCAUUUCUUCAGAGCUUGCUUGUAGAGUGCAAAAGUCAUGAAAGGAACUAUCCCAAGUACUGGCAAAAACUACAUUAAAAAUCACAUUUAAGCAAUAGAAAAGUAAUCAAUAGUUACUAUUUAAUUCACACUAAACUGGUGGUCAGAAUGUCAA